AGGAUGUUUUGACUGACCCACACUAGUGAGUAUCUUUUUGUCCUGCUAUAUGAUUUAAUAUCAUCGAAACGUUAGUAAGUUUUUAUGUUUUAUUCACCCCAUAAACUAUACCAGUCUCCACUACAUUAAGAUGAAGCACUGCACCUGUUCUUUUCAACUUUUGAACAAAAGAAUGCGAAAAAGGACGUCUUACAACAAUAUUUCGACUUUAAUUCAAGGCAACAACUAUUAUCCUUCAGUAUCUCUUGUUGUUAUAUUAAUGAAAUAAAAUAAGGCUUAGGAGAAGUAACUGAUCUGUUUGUGUUAGAAUACAAAUGCAUUUAUAUUUUUUGCUCAAUAAAUAGAAUUGAUAUUUUCACUGAUUUAUAUCAUUGUGACAACAAUCAGUCACAUUUAAUCCAGUCUUGUAGGCGGGUUUAUCAUSCUCACGCUAUGUCAUUUGWUUGUUUCUGUUUUCAGCUGAUCAUCGCUGGAGCGCUAGGAAUUGCAGCAUGGCCUAAGCAAAAUCGUGGAUUGAUGGUCGGUUUCCUUGUGAUGUGCAUCAUUGCAUGCAUACUUGCUUCAAUCCAGGCCAUUGUAUCUGGAAUUGCUUAUGCUCUUUGGUUCGCAUUUACCAGUGAUGCCAAAUGCCGUGCCAGUGGAAGUGGCUGUGUUGGUGGUCUUCUUGCUUUUAUCAUUUUAAGUGUAUUAGGUGCAUUGUUUACUUUGGCUGGUUCAAUCAUUGGUUGUGUGGUCUCAUGUGGCUCUACCCAGGAAACCAGGCUUUAGCUUACGACACAAAAACCUUGCGUGCAAUUAAACAAGUACUUUUUCUGUUCCCCAAGAUAUCAGCUUUUCCAUGUCUUUCACUGUGAAUUUUACGUCUUCUCGUUUUUCGUAUGUUUUGCCGGUGUGUCGGCCAUUUUGAAAAACAAAUCUUCCGCUGCCCUCCCCACUAGAAUUUUGUAAACAUCGCAUGUCUUAAAAUCGUACCAGCUUUUUAUUGUCGUACACAACAAUUGUAAGCAAGUAGUAGGGUCUAUUUACACGAUACGAUUCGUGUUGUAAAAGGAUGUCGUAGGCAGGUUGCAUGCGAURGUUGUWAGGAAAAGUCAGUUGUGCUACUCCUACGAAACCGCCUCAAUUUCGAAACGCUUUCAGUAAAUUUAAAAAUGGUUACUCAGUAACAACAAACGAACUCAGACGUCUCAAUGUCUAGGUAUAUUGUAUAUGGUAAAGCAUGCAUUUUGGAUAAAUAAAUAGCACAAGCAGAAAGGCA